UUUAGGGAAGUGAGAAAGAGAAGACUCAAAGCAAACAACUUUGGAAACUCAGAAUCAAUUGUAAUUCCAAUCUGUCUUCAUAUCAAUAAUAAAGAAUAACAGAUAUCAGUACCAUUUUGCCCCUAUAAAAUUUUCAUAAAAGCUAAAGUUUCAGUCCUUAUAUUGAAGACUGGAAACAUACCCUGUUGUUCAACUCUCUCUCUCUAUCUGCCCAUCUCCUGUUUUCAAAAUUUUUUAAACUAAUCAGCAUGAUUUCAUCACUACCCAGUAUUUAUAAAUCCAUACCCACAUGGUCAAGUCUUUAAGAGAAGCCUCAAGCCAACCCAACAGUAAUUAAUAGUUUGGUUUUUUUAUUCAGCUCGUGCAUUGAAGUUGAAGCCUGUCAGGAAAUAAAACCAAGGUGGAGUAUUAGAAGCUGUAAGAGAAUUUGUUAUAUAUAUUUUUGGGGUUCAAGAGCUUUGGAAAUGGUGAGAUGUUGAAUAGUGGGAAGUUUCUUAGAAUGGUGAUUCUGUGCUGGAUUUGGAUGGAUACAAGAAAUAGAUGGUGUUACAAUUUUGAUCACAGAAGAAGACAACAUCAAUGUAGACAACAACAAUUUACAGAUUUGGGAAAAGAGAAAAAGCCAGGAGAUUUCUCAAACAUGGCUUCUAGUUGGUGUAGUGAGAUCUCGCCAAUCAUUUCCCUUUUUGUCUGUUUUCUUCUUGUUCUUUCUUUAAUUUGUCCUGUUCAUUCGUCGGAGACCGGAAAUAAGCAUGCAACCAACCAAACUUUCCGACCAGAGGAAGAGUUACAGAAGUUGAAGAUGAUAAGAGAACAUCUCAAGAAGAUUAACAAGCCUGCAGUCAAGACAAUUCAGAGUCCUGAUGGGGAUAUUAUAGACUGUGUUUUGUCUCAUCAGCAGCCAGCUUUUGAUCAUCCAAAAUUGAAAGGGCAGAAACCAUCGGAGCCACCAGAGAGACCAAAGGGCCAUAACCCGACAGGGAUGCUAACUGAGAAUUUUCAGCUAUGGAGUUUGUCUGGUGAUUCGUGUCCAGAAGGGACUGUUCCAAUAAGAAGAACAAAAGAACAAGACAUGCUAAGAGCUAGUUCUUUUAGAAGAUUCGGAAGGAAACUGAGAAGGCAUGUUAGAAGAGACACCAACAGCAAUGGCCAUGAGCAUGCAGUUGGGUAUGUGAGUGGAGAUCAAUACUAUGGAGCAAAAGCAAGUAUUAAUGUUUGGGCACCUAGGGUUGCUAAUCAAUAUGAAUUCAGCUUGUCACAGAUGUGGGUCAUUUCUGGUUCUUUUGGAAAUGAUCUUAAUACCAUUGAAGCUGGUUGGCAGGUUAGCCCAGAAUUAUAUGGGGACAAUUAUCCCAGAUUCUUUACCUAUUGGACUACUGAUGCAUAUCAAGCAACAGGAUGCUAUAAUUUACUAUGCUCAGGCUUUGUUCAAACCAACAAUAGAAUUGCAAUUGGGGCUGCCAUCUCUCCAACAUCCUCUUAUAAUGGUGGACAAUUUGAUAUCAGCUUAUUAAUUUGGAAGGAUCCAAAGCAUGGAAAUUGGUGGCUUGAAUUUGGAAAUGGGGUUUUGGUUGGGUAUUGGCCAUCAUUCUUGUUCACUCACUUGAGAGAUCAUGCAAGCAUGGUGCAAUUUGGUGGAGAAAUUGUUAAUUCAAGGCCAUCAGGGUUUCACACUUCUACUCAAAUGGGCAGUGGCCAUUUUGCUGGAGAGGGUUUUGGAAAAGCUUCAUAUUUCAGAAAUUUGCAAGUUGUUGAUUGGGAUAAUAAUUUAAUUCCCUUAUCAAAUCUUAGGGUUUUGGCUGAUCAUUCAAAUUGCUACGAUAUUCAAGGAGGGAUUAAUAGAGUUUGGGGUAAUUAUUUUUAUUAUGGAGGCCCUGGAAGAAAUGUGAGAUGUCCCUAAGGGAAUUGGCAUACAAGAUUUUUUUUUUUUUUAAAUGUUGGGUAUUUUGGGUUAUUCUUAUAUUUAUAUUAUCUUGUUAAUUUUUUGUAAAUUUUACCUGUCAACUAACAGGUGAUUUAUUAUACCUUCUUUAGGGACUUGUGUAAAUGUUGAAAAAGAAAUACUACUGAAUAUACUAUGGCUUGUGAUUUUUCUUUUCCA